UGGAGCUGCCUCAGAGCCGUGAUGAGCGGAGGGGUCUACGGAGGAGAUGAGGUGGGGGCCCUGGUCUUCGACAUUGGCUCCUUCUCGGUGCGAGCCGGCUACGCGGGGGAAGACUGCCCGAAGGCGGAUUUCCCCACCACAGUGGGCUUACUUUCCCACGAUGAGUCGGCCAUGGAGCUGGACGGGGAGAAGGAGAACAAAUCGGGGAAGAUCUAUUACAUCGACACCAACUCCUUGCACGUGCCGCGGGAAAGCACGGAGGUCAUCUCGCCACUCAAGAACGGGAUGAUUGAAGACUGGGGCUGCUUCCAGGCCAUACUGGACCAUACCUACAACAAACAUAUCAAAUCGGAGCCCAACCUGCACCCGGUGCUCAUGUCCGAGGCCCCGUGGAACACGCGGGCCAAGCGGGAGAAACUGACGGAGCUCAUGUUUGAGCACUACGGCAUCCCGGCUUUCUUCCUGUGCAAAACGGCCGUGCUCACUGCCUUUGCCAAUGGACGCAGCACUGGCCUCGUCCUGGACAGCGGUGCCACGCACACCACGGCCAUCCCAGUGCAUGAUGGGUACAUCCUACAGCAAGGAAUCGUGAAAUCCCCCCUGGCCGGAGACUUCAUCUCCAUGCAGUGCCGCGAACUUUUCCAAGAGAUGAACAUCGAGAUCGUCCCGCCCUAUAUGAUUUCAGCCAAGGAGGCUGUGCGCGAAGGGGCCCCCCCGAACUGGAAGAAGAAAGAGAAGCUGCCCCAAGUCAGCAAAUCCUGGCAUACGACCAUGUGCAACGAGGUCAUCCAAGACUUCCAGGCGUCUGUGCUGCAGGUUUCGGAUUCUCCAUACGAUGAGCAGGUAGCUGCCCAGAUGCCCACCGUCCACUACGAAAUGCCCAACGGUUAUAACACGGACUACGGAGCGGAGCGUCUCCGAAUCCCAGAGGGGCUUUUCGACCCCUCCAAUGUGAAGGGUCUGUCCGGGAAUACCAUGCUGGGGGUCGGCCAUGUGGUCACCACCAGCAUCGGCAUGUGCGACAUCGACAUCCGUCCCGGUCUGUACGGCAGCGUCAUCGUCACUGGCGGGAACACCUUGCUGCAAGGUUUCACAGACCGCCUCAACCGGGAACUGUCUCAGAAAACGCCCCCGAGCAUGCGCCUGAAGCUCAUUGCCAGCAACAGCACUCUAGAGCGGAGGUUCAGCCCUUGGAUUGGGGGGUCCAUCUUGGCUUCUCUAGGCACCUUCCAACAGAUGUGGAUUUCCAAGCAGGAGUAUGAGGAGGGGGGCAAGCAGUGCGUGGAGAGGAAAUGCCCCUGAAAGGACCGCAGACCCACGGCACCCGCCUCUGUG